AUGGAGUGGGGGAAAAGUCUUGGUUGCGCUUUCGUCACAAAGAGUUGCUUGACGUGGAUGAAGAUGAACCCAACAAAUCCAUAUCCGUUUUGCACAGUUUAUGAAGACGCUAGGUGUACAACGACACGAUUAGAGAAACUUAAGUGUACCCUUGGAAAGACACGGAACGGAACUUUUCCGCCAGGUUUCUCGCCAGAGUAUGACUACAAUGUGGGAGAUCUGUAUCGUGACAAUAAAGGACAGUUCUUCAAUGGAUGUGGCUUAGUGACUGAAGCGGAUUUCUGUCCCUACUAUAUGCGAUGGCUGCCCAAGACCAUCUACGGUUGGCUCCGUGCACUCUGCAGAGUUUAUAAACUGGACCUUCUUCAUGAUUAG